ACGGUCGCGGGAUCCGAGAGACCGAGGAGAGGCACUGCGCCUGGGCUACAGCCGGGUCUGCCACCUCCGGUCCCGCGAGAGACCCCGCGCGAGGUGGGCGUGGCGCCAUCGCGCGACGUGACGUCAGGCCUUGGCCGCGCGCGAUUGGCCUGCAGACAUGUGGAGCGCUCUGGCGCGGGCGCGGGCGCCGGCGAUUGGGCUGACGGCGUCGGGGGCCUGGACCGCGGGGAGGCGCGCGCUGUGGAGCGGCGGCCCGCGGAGCCUGCACCGCGGGGAGGCGCGCGCGGCGGAGCGGCAGCCCACCGACCGUCGGCACCUCAGGAUUCUAGGACAGGUCAGGCACGCUGUCACGAUGCCUGAAAUCAACACCGACCAUCUCGAUGAGCAGCAGGUUCAGCUCCUGGCAGAGAUGUGCAUUCUUAUUGAUGAGAAUGACAACAAAAUUGGGGCUGAGACCAAAAAGAAUUGUCACCUGAAUGAAAACAUUGAGAAAGGAUUAUUGCAUCGAGCUUUUAGUGUCUUCUUAUUCAACACUGACAAUAAGCUCCUGCUACAGCAGAGAUCAGAUGCUAAAAUUACCUUUCCAGGUUGUUUUACCAAUACUUGUUGUAGUCAUCCUUUAAGUAACCCAGGAGAGCUUGAAGAGAAUGAUGCAAUUGGAGUUAGGCGAGCAGCACAGAGGCGUUUAAAGGCUGAAUUGGGAAUUCCCAUGGAACAGGUUCCUCCAGAAGAAAUUAAUUAUCUGACUAGAAUUCACUACAAGGCUCAGUCUGAUGGUAUCUGGGGAGAACAUGAAAUUGAUUACAUUUUGUUUGUGAGAAAGAACGUGACUUUGGAUCCAGACCCCAAUGAGAUUAAAAGCUAUUGCUAUGUGUCAAAGGAAGAAGUGGAAGAAAUGCUGAAAAAGGCAGCCAGCGGUGAAAUUAAGAUAACUCCAUGGUUUCAAUGUAUUGCAGAAACUUUUCUCUUUACAUGGUGGGAUAACUUAAAUAAUUUGAAACAGUUUGCUGAUCAUGACAAAAUACACAGAAUGUGAAUGUGGAGAUGAAUGAUUAGUAAAACAUGAAAAAUGUCUCUACUUAGUAAACUUAAAAUGAUUUUUUAAAAAUUGGGAUCCCCAAUAGAAUUCUCAUUGGAUACACUGGUACUUUACAGCCCGAAUUUGUGUGGAAAAAAUGCUGACAAUUCUGACUUGUAUCACACACCCCCACAUAUAUGCACUCCUAUUUGUAAAGGACACUUAUGAAAGAUUAUUUUUAAAAAGCAAAUCAACUAAACUUAACCUGUCUAAACAGUCCUGACAAAUUUGAACAAAUAAGUGAAGCUCUUUAUUUGUGAUGUGUUGAGACAUUUUCAGAACCCGCAGAGCACUUGAUUUGCCAGGUGCUUUACAUAUCAUUAAAGUUUUACCAUAGUCCAGAAAAACGUGCAACAGAAACUCUGCUUAGCUGCUUCAGAACAGCUCAAAUUAACUUUCCAAGUUAAGAUAUUAAAUUAGGGGAGCAGGUCGAAGGUACCUAAAUGGUGUAUGUCCUGAUUUCUAUCAGUCUGUGUUCUCAGAAUUACAGGGGGCAGACUAUUUGUAAAAAGGAAAUUGGGUCAUACUCUACCACAGGGGUUCUUACCGCUGGUUCUGUUGACAUUUGGGCUGGGUAGCUCUUGGUUGUGGGGGUUCAUCCUGUGCACUGAAGGACAUUUAGCGGCAUCGUUGGGUUCUAUCCACUAUUUGCCAUUGGUACCCACCCCCCCAUCACAGUCACAGUUAUUACUGAUGCCAAAUGUGUGCUGGAUGGCAAAGGUGCUUCUGUUGAGAACCACUGCUCUACAAAGUCAUGCCAUAUUGGGGGGAGCAGAGGGAAUUAAACAGAAAGGUUAAUAUUCGUGUUAAAUGGAAUUGGGGUCUGGAGUAUGUGUAUAUUAAUAUUUAAACUGUACCUUAAUUGAUGCACUUUUUAAAACUCUUGCAUAGAUUUCUGUUUGAAAUCUCAAGACAGCUUAUAAUCUUUGAAUGCUGUGUAAUAAUAAAAAAAUUGUUUCUUACAAGCUAAAUAUUUUAUAAAUUUAAUGGAAGAAUCCAUUUCUUGUUAACUCUGAGCAGUUAAUUCAUAAUUUCAGGGAAGAUAUGUCACAAGUAUUAAUUUUACUGAAAAGUAAAAACAAUAAAAAAAUAACAUUUUAA